AUGGCGAGGACACGAGGAAGCACCUCGAACGGGUCGCAAGCUUCCGAGCCGGCCGAAGCAUCUUCCUCGGCAUUCACAGCACAGCCCAAUGGAUACGCUGAACAAACGGUGAACGCCUCGUCAUCAAUCCCACACCGCGAUCCGUUCGCCUAUCACCCUGUGGACCUCGCCCCGACCGACGCGUUGCCGUAUUUCGACCGGGACCUCGAACUGCAACCUGGUCUGCGUGCAAAGGUAGACGCAUUGAUAGCUGCCGAGCAGUCCACCAUGACUGCCGUCGACCCGAGCUCCUCGCGUCUCCCGCCCGCCUACGUCCCCUUCAGCCCACGCCCCGAUCUGCGCGCCGAACUCGAGCGUGUCGGUUCGGGCCAGCCAUCAUCUCACAUGCUCGAUACGCAUCGCUAUACUCUCUCUGCUCCCGAAGCCGGCGCGGAUGCAUCGGUCGAUGAAUGGCAGGCUGCCGUCGACAAUGCACACGCCCAGCUCGGGCACAUGGACGUGCGGCUCAAGAACAUCGAACUCCUGAAACGGUACGGCAGCAAUGCAUGGCGGCUGUCGAACUUUCAGCAGGAGCAGCAGAUCCGGAUGCUGUCCGAACAGGUCGAAGCGCUCAAGGCUGAAACCAACGAGGUCAACAGGCUGCGACAAAAGGAGCAGACCGACGUAGGCGCCAAGCUGAGCAUGCUCGAAAAGAGGUGGACCGAGCUCAUCACGCGCGGGCUCCAGCUUGAGGUCGCCAACAUCACAACCAGAGGCGAGAUCGAGACGCUGCAGAGCAAGAAGCGUAAGCUCGAACAGCAGCUCGCACAGCUCGAUUGA